UCGCACUGAGCGGAAGCGCAGCGGCUCCAGCUGUUAUUGUUGACAGACGGAGCUUCGGGGGGAAAAUGGCGGUGUCCCGUCGAUCCUCACAGCACCAACAAAGCAGCUUGCAGCCGUCUCCGCGGAACGCUGUGAUCGCAUCCCCCCCACCCGAAUCGCCGUCCGCGAUUAUUCCCGAAUCGACGAGUUUAUUGAGCCCCUCGGCCACUGGCGCAGCGGAAUGCGGCGGAGCGACGAUGGAGUCCGCAGCGGCCUCCUCCUCCUCCGCCUCCGCCUCUUCCCCAGACCGGCCCGCCUCAGCAGCAACAGCGGCCGCCGCAGCCUCGUCAGCCCUCGGCAGCUCCAGCUGCAGCAGCAUUAGCUCCAGCGCGACCGCAGGCAGCCAGAGCCCCGACUCAGGAGCGGACAGUCCCGGGGACGGAGUGUGCGGGGCCGGCGGCGCGUUCAGAGAGCUAUUCGAGGCCUGUCGGAACGGAGAUGUGUCGCGGGUGAAGAGGCUGGUAGACUCGGUGAAUGUGAACGCCAAAGACAUGGCCGGACGAAAAUCAACCCCUCUGCAUUUCGCUGCAGGCUUUGGCAGAAAGGACGUGGUGGAGCAUCUCCUGCAGACCGGAGCAAACGUCCAUUCCCGUGACGAUGGCGGUCUGAUCCCGCUUCAUAACGCCUGCUCGUUCGGGCACGCGGAGGUGGUCAGUCUGCUGCUGUGUAGCGGCGCUGACCCCAACGCACGAGACAACUGGAACUACACACCUCUGCACGAGGCCGCCAUCAAGGGCAAAAUAGACGUGUGCAUUGUGUUGCUCCAGCACGGCGCUGAUCCGAAUAUCCGAAACACUGACGGCAAAUCAGCUCUGGACCUGGCAGACCCUUCUGCUAAGACCGUCCUCACCGGUGAAUAUAAGAAGGAUGAACUGUUGGAGGCAGCGAGGAGCGGAAAUGAGGAAAAGUUGAUGGCACUUUUGACCCCACUUAAUGUCAACUGUCAUGCCAGCGAUGGACGCAAGUCAACAUCUCAAAAAAUGCUGUCCACUCCUCUUCACCUUGCCGCUGGGUAUAAUCGUGUGCGUAUAGUGCAGCUGCUGCUGCAGUACGGUGCUGAUGUCCAUGCCAAAGAUAAAGGUGGUCUAGUUCCUCUGCAUAAUGCCUGCUCUUAUGGUCACUACGAGGUCACAGAGCUUCUGUUGAAGCACGGGGCGUGCGUUAACGCCAUGGACCUGUGGCAGUUCACACCGCUGCACGAGGCGGCCAGUAAGAAUCGAUUGGAGGUGUGUUCACUGCUGCUGAGUCACGGCGCUGAUCCCACACUGCUCAACUGCCACGGCAAGAGCGCGGUGGAUGUGGCGCCCACACCUGAACUUAAAGAGAGACUCACCUAUGAGUUCAAAGGGCACACGCUUUUGCAGGCGUCCCGUGAGGCGGACAUGACAAAAGUCAAGAAAACCGCUCAAGAGAUCAUCAGCUUCAAACACCCUCACUCGCACGACUCUGCUCUGCACUGCGCCGUAGCCUCUCCUCAUCCCAAACGCAAACAGGUCACAGAGCUGCUGCUGCGGAAAGGCGCCAACAUUCAUGAGAAGAACAAAGAUUUUAUGACUCCGUUCCACGUAGCGUCUGAACGAGGUCAUAAUGACGUGCUUGAAGUCCUUCAGAAACACGGAGCAAAGGUGAAUGCUGUGGACACACUGGGACAGACAGCCCUGCACAGGGCGGCCCUUGCCGGUCACAUCCAGACUUGCAGACUAUUGCUAAGUUACGGUGCUGACCCAUCAAUCAUUUCACUGCAGGGCUUCACUGCGUCACAGAUGGGCAAUGAAGCCAUACAGCAAAUACUCAAUGAGAACAUUCCUCCUCGUAAUUCAGACGUGGAUUACCGCUUUCUCGAGGCUGCUAAAGCCGGAGACCUUGACACAGUCAAGCAACUGUGCUCCCCUCAGAACGUGAACUGUCGUGAUCUGGAGGGCCGUCACUCCACCCCGCUGCAUUUUGCUGCAGGGUACAACCGUGUGGCCGUCGUGGAAUACCUGUUGCAUCAUGGGGCCGACGUGCACGCUAAAGAUAAAGGUGGUCUGGUUCCUUUGCACAACGCGUGUUCAUAUGGUCACUACGAGGUGACAGAGUUGCUGGUGAGACAUGGAGCGUCUGUGAACGUGGCGGACCUUUGGAAGUUCACACCACUACAUGAGGCUGCAGCCAAGGGCAAAUAUGAGAUCUGCAAACUACUGCUCAAGGUUCGAUACUUCAGAUGGAGAAAUCGAUCUCCGUUCAUCAAUGCCAUCAUCCAUAAAGGAUUUGAUGAGCGUCAUGCAUAUAUCGGUGGCAUGUUUGGAGCUGGCAUAUAUUUUGCAGAGAACUCCUCUAAGAGUAACCAGUAUGUCUAUGGCAUCGGAGGCGGCACUGGCUGCCCCACUCACAAAGACCGGUCCUGUUACCUGUGCCACAGGCAAAUGUUGUUCUGCCGUGUGACACUGGGAAAGUCCUUCCUGCAGUUCAGCGCCAUGAAGAUGGCCCACGCUCCCCCUGGGCAUCAUUCUGUGAUCGGCCGUCCCAGUGUCAACGGUCUGGCCUACGCCGAGUAUGUGAUCUACCGCGGAGAACAGGCCUACCCAGAGUAUCUCAUCAACUAUCAGAUAGUGAAGCCGGAAAGCACGCCUCAGUCCUCCACAGAAGCAGAGCAGAAAUCCUAGUCAGACACUGCGUUUCUACAUUCACUCACUCACUCA